AUGUUUGGAUCAGAAUGGUCGAACAUCAUCAAUUCCGCCUUCAACUCGAAUGCCAUGGCGUCGGAACUCUCUGCCUUAUUGACCGCUUCGAAAAACCUCACCUCCCAUCUGUCGAGACCCGAACUCCCCUCCGUUCACCUCUCCCUCGACCAGGUCGAAGCUCAAUCCCGGAGGCUUGUAUCAAGACAACCUACUAACGCGAAUGACACCGACCGCGCGAAUUAUCUUCUUGCCCAAGCGCAUGUUGACGCGUCCGCCCUCAGCACUUCUAUCGCACAUCUCAAUGCUUCCAACACGUUUUCUCCCCUGCAACCAUUGCAGGACACGGACGUCGCAGGCUAUCUCCGACAUGCCCACGAACAAAAUCUCAUUUCUACCAUUGAGGAGGGGCGGAGAGAGACGCAGGAGCAGUUCUAUCGCACGUUGGAUGAACGCAGUAGGCGCGAUUGGGAGGCCAAGAAAAAGCGCGUCUUUGAUGAGCUAGGGGGGCGCGUUGGGGGCGAUAACCGAAUAAUGACAGAGCUGAAAAAGAGUUUCCACGGGAAAGGUCUCGCGGCGAGCACGACGGCAACGCCCAGUCUAACAUUACAGAUGCAGACGAAGAUGAUGAAAUACGAUCGUGUUGUUGCGGAGUUUAAUACUGCACGGCUACGCGACACAUCUUAUCCUAUUGUCCAUGCUUUCCUACGAGCCUCUCUUGAUGUCGCAUCAGAUCCAAACUCUCUGCAAAUGAUACAAACUUUCCAUGUUCUCGCGAGAAUUACAGGCGAACCCCCGGCUAUGCCACCCAUCGAGCAUGCCAGCGCCCAUAUUCUGAACGCGCCCAAGCUGGAGCGAAAGCACGCGCGAGCGUACUUGGGGGACCCUGAAACGCGUGAGGCAGCAGAUCUGCGGCGGCAGAUCGCGACAGGUGCAAGGACUGCGUUGGAGGAGCAGUACUGGGACGUGCUCGAGCGCACGUUACAGUCGCGGGCCAACGAAGCGCAGCUCGGCGGUGACCCGAGUGUUGCUAACAAAGUUCGUGCGUUUUUGUUGGUACGGUAUUAUAGGAAAGGGGAGUGGGAGGAUCGAAUUGAGUUGGUUAUGGGACAACCGUUGUGGGCACGACUCUUCUUCCUUGUUCGGUCCGGCCAUUACCAGGAGGCACUUGAGCAAGCCAUCGAGUUUCUUGAUGCGAUCGAGAGUCGGGAGCCUGCUUUUGUCACUCACUUCCGGACGUGGAUCGAGUCUCCAGAGAGGCGUCUGCCGAAGCCCGCUCGGGAUCAUGUCCACAACAUUUACAGUGGGCAUAUGAUGCACUCGACGACAACGGAUCCAUUUAAGCUUGCCCUGUAUAAACUGAUGGGCAAGCUGGAGCCAGGAAGGAGAAGUGUCGCACAUGUGACCUCGACGACUGAGGACUGGCUGUGGUUCCAGCUAGCCAUGGUCGACGAAGACGAGGAUGGUGGUCUGCGAGGACUGGCAGACGUUCUCCUCGGCUAUGGCGAGCGUCAGUUUGACGGAGGAACCCGCCGUGGCGUUUGGGCCGGUGUGUUGCUCAUGUGCGGACAAUUCGAGCGAGCAGUCGGAGCACUCUGGGAGCAUCAGGAUACGGAAGUCGAGGCCGUGCACCUGGCUAUUGCUCUCGCGUAUCAUGGUUUACUUAGACUUCCUCCCCGGUCGGAAACCAGCGAUAUGACACCUCUAACCCUAUCGCCUGUGAAUCCGCCAGCACUCAGUCUGUCCACAUUGAUCUGGCGGUAUGCUCGCCAGUUCGUAAAGAUGGAUGCUCGCGAAGCAUUACAAUAUGUCUAUUGUGUUGGGUUGGCUGCAGACCAGGGUGCUGUGGGAAAGGAGCAGGUCGAAAACGCAUGGGAACUGGUCAGGAAGAUUAUCGUGCUUGGGAAUAGUGGGCCAGCGUGGGAGGAACUUGUCGGCGGUUUCCGCCCUGAUGGUACCCGAUUCAGUGGUGCCAUUGAACAAGGCGCAUCCCUUCUCCGACUUCGCGAUACUAAAGAUUUCAAUGACCAGAUUCUGAUCAAAGCUGCGCGCGACGCAGAGGAGAACGACAGGAUGCCGGAGGCAGUCAAACUGUAUAAUCUCGCUGGAGAUUACUCAAUGGUCGUCGCUUGUCUCGCUCAGGCGCUCGGGAACACGAUCGCAAUGCCGAGCGCAGAUGAGAAGGCGAAGACUGUCGAACGAGUUGCCAAGGAGAUCUUGAGACAGUACGAGAGAACCAACAGAGCGGUUGGCCGUGAACGAGAUGCCGUUAUCAGGCUGCUGAGAGUCAGAGAGGCCAUGGAAGCCAAGUUGGAAGGACGACCAGAGAAGGCUCUGGAGAUCAUGGAAAUGACUGAGCUCAUUCCUCUGGAUGGUGAUGUUGCUAAAAUCACUCGGCGUGCGGAGGAGUUCAGAGAUCUGCACGAUUCAUUGCAGCGAAAUCUUCAAAUCUACCUACCUCUCACCAUGGAUGCCCUUGCGGGCGUGCACCAGAAAACGAAGAUGCAAUUGGGUCCAGCUGAUGCGACUCGUCAAAUGACACUUACUUUGUUGCGCAAAAAAUCGCGGUCGUUGAUGGUGUUUGCGGGCAUCCUCAAGUACAGGAUGUCUCCGGAUGUGUAUUCUUAUUUGGCACGCUUGGAUGUAGAAAUUGCUCUGUAGGUUCAACCAAGAGGUAGUCGCUCUCUUAAUCUUGGAAUCAGUUGAUGAUCAGCUAGCCACCCGUUGAAAAUCACUUGCCA